AUGCUUAAGGUUCCAGAUCAUCAAGUUGCUGGCCACAUGGCCGGUGCUGGAGCUCUUGGCCCUCUUGUUGAUGAUGCAGGGAACUUUUUCAAGCCUCUUCAAAGUAAUGAACGUGGAGCCAAAGAAGUGGCAUUCUAUAAAGGAUUUUCAACUGAGACUAGGAUUCCAUACAAAAUUCGCAAGUUCUUCCCUGUCUUUCGUGGCACCCGGGAUUUGGAGGCAUCUGAUGGUUCUGGCCUGCAUCCUCACCUUGUCUUGGAAGAUAUUGUCUCCAGCCGAACCAAUCCAUCUAUAAUAGACGUUAAAAUUGGUUCGAGCACAUGGUACCCAGAAGCUUCUGAACAGUAUAUCACGAAGUGCCUUAAGAGAGAUAGAGACGGCACGAGCCUGAUAUUGGGAUUUAAAAUUUGUGGAUUUCAGUUCUAUGGAAACAAAGAAACUGGGUUUUGGAAGCCGGACAGGAAGUCUGUUAAUGCUUUUACUCAUGAUGAUGUUCGGUCAGCUCUGAGGAAGUUUGUUUCUUCUAACUCGCCGUCAGAUUCAGAUGCCGAACCCGAUUGUUCUUAUGCAUCAACUGUCUAUGGUGGCCCUGAUGGAAUCGUGUCGCAAUUGUUGAAACUGAAGUCAUGGUUUGAGGAUCAGACCAUUUAUCAUUUCUAUUCUUGCUCGACUAUGAUGGUGUAUGAUAAGGAGUCAAUAAUGAAAGGGGAGAAUCCAAAUCCUCAAAUCAAACUUGUUGAUUUUGCACAUGUCGUGGAAGGCAAGGGUAUUAUUGACCAUAAUUUUCUGGGGGGCUUCUGUUCCUUGAUAAAGUUCCUGAAUGAUGUCUUGAACAAUCCUAACAAAUAAUAACCGAACCAGAAGUCGUCGACAGCUGUGGGAGAAGAACUGCAGUCACACUAAUAGCAGCCAAGUUGAAAUACAAUGGACCAGUAAUAGCCUUAAAACGUGAAGGCACCUCCUUUUUUCUUUUUCUCUUUCUCUUAGUGUUCCCUUUGGCUCAUCUGUAAUGCUUUUGUUUUUUGGGGGAUUUUAGAUUUUAACAUCCAUGUUCAAUUUCUUUUCCCGUUAUAACCAUUUCCUUAUUACUAAAAUAAGAGACCGCCUUAUGGUUGCAAUUUGCUCAUGUUU